AUGUAUAAAAUUAUUCGAAAUGGAGGAGAAAUUUGUGCGAUUUUUGAUAUAUUAGAUUUAUAUUUUUCUGAUUAUAAAAAAAUUUUUGAUAAUUCUACAAAUGGACUAGCUGAGUAUUCUUCUCAAUGUCAGGAAAUAAAAAACAGAAAUACUCGUAUCAAUCAUUUGAAUAUUAUAAAGGAAUAUAAUACAUGCAUUAAAUUGAUGGCAUACUUAUUUGAUAUACAUAGUGUGCGCGAUAACACAUUAAGAAUAAAAAAUGGAUUACAAUACUUAUACUAUUUGUUAUAUAGGGAUGAUCAGAAUUCUUUAAAAUAUAGUAAACAGAUCAACGAAAUUUAUAAGGAAUUCAUAAAUUUAUAUUAUAAAACUAGUACCGGGGAUUUAAUUAAACCUUAUUCGGAGAUAAAUAUUUUCGACAAUGAAUGGAAAAAACUUAGAGAUAUAUAUGAUUUGAAUACUAAGAUUAAUUAUAUAAAGAAUUAUAAUACAUGUUCUGAGACUGAUAGAUGUGACUGUGUAGAUGAUUGCGCUGAAACAUAUAUGCGACACGAGGAUGCAUGUUUAUUGAAUAGUGGUUCUCAUUUUUGUGAUGCAUUAGAAAACAUUAGAAACCAGUAUAAUAAUAUACCAAAUAUAACUGAAGAAUGUGAUAAUCUUAAAUGCAAAAUGUUACCGUGCAUUAAAUAUGAGGAUAUAACUUUACCUUAUUCUAGAACUAGUACUAAACAAGCUAUUUUAAUUCCAGUUACUAUAAUAUUAAUAAUCUCUCUUUUAAUAUUUAUUCUGAAUAAGUUCAUUCCAUGGUGUUCACACUUCAAUCGUUUAAGAAAAAGGUAUUAUAGAAAACAUACAGAUAAAAUAUGUUCAAUUCAGAAAUCUUCUGACGUAUUUGAAAUCGCAGCAUGGAAUAAUAGAUGUAACAUAUUAUAUAAUUCUACCUAA